AUGGAGUUCAGAAGAGUGUGUGUGCUGCUGGGAGUGCUGCUGCUCAUGCAGCAGACUCCAAAUAAGAAGAAGCAGGUGAAGAAAGAUACAUCAAAGGAUGCUGCCCUACAGGAGCUGCAGAAACAGAUCGAUGACAUUGUCCAGGAGCUCCUCCUGCUGAAGGAACAACAGGCCCUGCAAACAGUCUGUUUAAAAGGUGCAAAGAUCCAUGGUAAGUGUUUCCUAGUCGACCCUGUGAGGAAACAUUAUCAUGCUGCCAGUGAGGACUGCAACGCCCUGGGCGGCAUCCUUGGAACACCCACAUCCAGCGACGAGAACGCUCAGCUCAGAGACUACCUCCGCCAGAGCAUCGGCCCAGAAGAGCAGGUCUGGCUAGGCAUCAAUGACAUGACGACUGAGGGUACAUGGAUGGAUCAGACCGGUUUCAGCAUCACAUACAAAAACUGGGACACUUCCAACUACAGGUCCCCACAGCCGGACGGCGGAAAGUCCCAAAACUGUGGCGUUCUGUCUGGAGCCUCCCAGGGGAAGUGGCUUGAUGAGAACUGUCGUGAGGAGAGACCAUCUGUCUGCCAGUUCAACAUCGUUUGAUCACAUCUAUCUCAUUAUAGACUCUCCCACUGCCUGCUCUUCUAAACAAAGUUUUAACCAGUGACACUCAGCUGAACAGGGACGAUGUAAAGGUCACAGACAGUUACAUAAGCGUUAUUUUUGACAAAAGUGAUGUGCUGGUAUAUCAUUUGCAGCAUGCCUUGUGGUUGCAACACAACAGAGGAACACAGUCAACAGUAGGAGAGACACUGUAGGACAGAGCAGUCUGCAGUCACUUCACACACUUGUAUAUCUCUUUCAAAAAUCCAGUAAUAAUAGAUAAAACUAUCAUCUAAUAGAUAAAACUGUAAUAAAAGGUGUGUGUAGGUGCUGGCACCGAUCAUAAAUGUAAAAAGUUGGUUGUAACCUUUACACCUUUUUUCUCACAUUCACACCACAAUUGCAGCAGUUUCAUAGCUUUCUGGUUGAGAGACGCUGGUUUAAACUUCUAUUUUAACAACAAACCUCACAUGAAGUCAGAAUUUUGACGGAUACUGCUUUUUUUUUUUUAAUUAAAUAAUCUUUAUACAAGUUUACUAGUCCUGCAGUUUCUUAUGUCUAGCCUGAUAUAACAUGUACAAUCAUUUUCAAUAAACUAUGAA